AUGGUCGGGAGCGCUGCACCUCCAGGAGCACCCUCCAACGCUCCUUCGUUGUUGGACGAUUUUCCGGAACUGGCCAUCACUCGUGAAGACGAUGAGCUUCUGACAUCGCUCCUCCAAGAGUCCGGCUGGGGCGAAACAAGCAAUGAGGACGACCGCGCCAUCAAUCUGCCGAUCGAGUGGGUAGUGGACAUAGCGGACAAGGACAACGACUGGUUCCUUGCCACGGCCUUCGGCUACAACGACAUGAAGCAGACUCUGCACGUCAUGGUGCCGGACGGCAUCAACCCUACCUGGACAGGCGACGUGGCGGUCAACCAGUUGGGCAUAGAAAUAAACUCCUUUGCUUCCCUUCAGACUGUGCGACUCUUGGAGUGCUGCGACAAACGCUCCAUGGCGCUGUUCAAGCAGCUGGUGCGAGAGAGCGCGAUAGAGGUGGAUUGGGACGUGUCCAUUCAUCAUCGGCGCACGUCAAGAACAAACCCAACACCCGGACGUUUCAAACAACUUUACCGUGCGAGCGGGGCGAGCGGCCUGCGGUAA